AUGGUUCGUCCCUUGAACCAGGCCCUCCUCGUGCUGACCGGCGUCCUUCUGGGAGGACGCAAUGCGGUAACAGCUCUCUCUCCAUCUGAGUGGCGGCAGCAAUCUAUCUACCAGGUCUUCACCGACCGAUUCGCCCGUACCGACCUCUCGACCACGGUCCCUUGUGAACCGUCAGAUGGCGUCUAUUGCGGAGGGACAUGGCAGGGGUUGAUCUCGAAGCUGGAUUAUAUCAAGGGCAUGGGCUUCACGGCUGUGUGGAUCUCGCCGGUUGUCGAGCAGAUAGAGGGCAAUUCGCAGGAUGGCUCGUCAUACCACGGAUACUGGGCAAAGGAUAUCUGGGCUCUGAAUCCCGCCUUUGGAACCGAGGAUGACCUCGUGCAGCUCGCCUCUGAGAUUCACUCCCGAGGCAUGUAUUUCAUGGUUGAUGUUGUCACCAACCACAUGGGAUAUAUGGGCUGCAGAGACUGCGUUGAUUACAGCGGGCUCAACCCCUUUAAUUCGGCGUCGUAUUACCAUUCGCCCUGUGAAAUCAAUUACAAUGACCAGAACUCAAUCGAGACUUGCUGGGAAGGUGAUGACAUCGUCAGCCUACCCGACUUACGCACCGAAGAUGACGACGUCCGGUCGGUCUGGAACGACUGGAUUACCCAACUCGUGUCCAAAUAUUCAAUCGACGGUCUCCGGGUUGACAGUGGAAAGCACGUUGAAACCUCGUUCUGGUCUGGAUUCUCGGCCGCAGCUGGUGUGUACAUGGUGGGCGAGGUGUUUGACGGCGACCCGGCAUACGUGACGGCUUACCAGCAGUACUUUGAUGGCGUGAUGGACUACCCCAGCUACUACUGGGUGGUUAAUGCGUUCAAGUCUGCCAGCGGCAGCAUCGGUGAUCUUGUUUCCGGCCUCGGCACGAUGCGGGGAACCGCCAAGGACCUCAGUUUGUAUGGAUCCUUCCUGGAGAACCACGACGUGGAACGGUUCCCGUCCUUGACCCAAGACAAGGCACUGACGAAGAAUGCAAUCGCGUUCACGAUGCUCAAGGAUGGAAUUCCCAUCAUCUAUCAAGGCCAAGAACAGUUCUACGCCGGCGGGGGGACGCCUCACCAGCGAGAGGCGCUCUGGUCCUCGGGCUACUCGACCACGUCCGAGUUCUACACAUGGAUUACCAAACUCAACCAGAUACGAGCCCAAGCCAUCGCCAAAGACGCCAACUACCUCGGGUACAACGCCUACCCGAUCUACUCGGACACCCACACCAUCGCCAUGCGGAAGGGGUUCGACGGGUCUCAGGUCAUAGGCGUGUUCACCAACGUUGGCGCCUCGUCUUCCGCUAAAGUCACCCUUACCUCGUCUGCCACGGGCUUCGGGGCUGGCCUGGCACUCGUGGAGGUCAUGAGCUGCACCGCAUACACAACGGACUCGAAUGGCUCGUUGGACAUUACCCUCGGUGAUGGGCUCCCGGCCGUCUUGUUCCCCAAGUCUGCACUGGCUGAGAGCAAUAUUUGCUCGGGUUAA